AUGCAUCAUUCAAUGAUCCGAUGUAAAUUUUUUGCGCGUGGUAAUUGUCGUAAUGGUGAAGCAUGUCCAUUUGUACAUAUUUUACAACCCGAAAUUGUCGGCCUACAGCAGUCAAAUGCGAGAAAUGUUGACAUGCAACGGGAACGUCGUAGGCGCCCAACUGGACAGACAGGUUUUAAUGCUUAUCAAUUGAACGAGCAUUUUCAACCAUUCUCACAGCAUUUUGACACGAGUCGCUACAAAUGGGUUUCACCAUUGUUGAGAGAACGUGAAGAAGCCAAAAGCAAGAUGAUACAAAGUCAAAAUAAUGUAAAUAAAGGGGAUAAAAAUAUUAUUCCGAAUAGAAAGUCAGCAACAGAAGCAUCCGACACAGACUUAUUUCCAGAUAAUAGGAAAGCAGAAGUGGUUCUCGAUAAAACAAAAUCAGAGAGUUUAGUGGAUGAAGACGAUGUAUGCAGAGAAAGUAAUGGAUUUACUUAUGAUGAUUGCAAUAAUUUAAUGCAACAGCUUUAUUCGAAGAUGGAAGACUUAACUAUUGAACAAAUAAAGCAAUUCGCUGAAGAUGAAUUUGAACAUGGUAAAGUGCCAACGAUUCCACCUCCCAAAGAAUUUUGUUUCUAUUUGCGAGAUGUUUGGUGCGCAGAGAGUGAGGAGAUAAUAAAAGAACUGCAGUUUAUUAUGGUUACAGUGAUUGAGAGUAAUUCGUUAUGGGGAUUAUACAUAGCGUGGGUAGAUGUUGAAGUUAUGAGCAAUGAAAGUUGGACAGUAAAUUAUGCAAUGAAAUGGCAGGAAACUUCUGGCAAAGUUCACACUGGUUUGUACAACUUGGAGCAAUGGAUUUUGGACAAGCAAGACAUUCUGCGGAUGCGUGGCGAAGAUAUGAAAUGUAUUACAGAGGAAGAAUACACGAAGUUGAUGAUAUUUUUCUGCAAUUUUAUCCAUGCUAUUGGAAUGGAUUCACAGCAGCCUCAUAAAACACGAAUGCAAGUGAUUGCUACAGCUUGUGUUUAUUUCCGUCGUUUUUAUGCGAGACGAUCACUGAAAGAUAUUGAUCCAUUCUUGUUGGCGCCUACUUCCUUGUUUUUAGCAUCCAAAGUUGAAGAACAUGGGAUGAUGUCACACAAUAAGCUCAUACAGGCCACAAAUAAUGCUUUGAAACGAUGGCCUUUCAUUCAGCAAGAUUUGAUGAUACGGGUGCAACACAUACAGGAAGCAGAAUUCUUUCUUUUGGAAAUUUUAGACUGUUGCUUAAUUGUCUACCAUCCUUACAGACCAUUGAAUCAAUUAAUGGCUGAAAUGGGAAAGGAACACAAAGAUCUCGACACAAUAUCAUCAUAUGCUUGGAAAAUUUGUAAUGAUUGUACAAGAACCGAUCUUUCAUUAAUGUAUCCUCCUCACCAGAUUGCAAUUGCAUGCAUUUUGAUAGCAUCAGUUUGGACAAAUAGAGACAGAGAGCUAAAAAACUGGUUUGCGGAGCUCGCGGUGGAUUUUGAAAAGGUACUAGAAAUCCAAAAAAUCAUUAUAAAUUUAUACAGCGUAUGGAAGACAUUUGAUGAAAAAGAACAACUCGUGGCUAUUCUGCAGAAAAUUCCACGUCCUAAUCCAGGUCCACAAUCAUCGGGUGCUACUAUGAUGCAGUCACACUCCCAUGGUGGUCUUCAAGUGAAUAAUGUGAAUGUACAUCAAGGUGUUACUAUGGGACCACCACCUAUGCCUCCAGUUGGUAAUAUAAAGUUUGAAACACAUUAG